AUGUCAAAAUCUGCAAGCACACGGCAUGAAAGGGCGCUGUGGCUGCGAACUGUUGCACCUCUUGAGCUCUUCGACCGCACCAGUUCCGUCAGUCUUGCUGCCGAGGGUCCUGCAAGUGCCCUUCCAGAUACGCAGAUGCUCGUCACUGGCGUCCACUACCCUCCCUACUGGUUCGGAUCUUGGCCGCCGCCCCCGCUUGUUGGCAUGGCUGCGUUGUUUUCUUCAAUGCGUUACGGGCUGCAAUACCGUAUUGCUUCACGGGCAGUCGCACAUCUGUUGUUGGCAGCCCAAUGCUGUCUUCCUCUGCAAUACCGGGUCAGGGAGUACAUUGAGCAAAUCCUCUGUCAUCGAAUGAAAGGCAAUCUUGCCAGGGGCCACUAA